CAACCUCUACACCUACUGGUACCGGGACGGGGACAACCCAGACUAUGCUGCUCCAGUGGCCUCGAGCAACCGGAAUAAACAAGUGAAGAAAGAAACCCAAGGCCGAUUCCUCCUCGCGGACCCCACGACCAACAACUGUUCCCUGAGCAUCAGAGACGCCAGAAGGAGUGACACAGGACGCUACUUCUUCCGAUUGGAGAUAGAAUAUCCUGAAUAUAAUAAUUACCUAGGAUACAUCCAAAGAUAUAAGUUCCAAGUAUAUAGUUACCGAGAGAAGAUGCUGGAUUUGCAGGUGACAGAGAAACCCCAUAUCCGGAUGAGAGAACUGUUGGAGUCCGGUCACCCCACAGAGCUGGCCUGCAGCCUGCCAGGGGCCUGCGAAGGGGGACGACCUCUCACCUUCUCCUGGGCGGGAGCCGCUGUGGACUCGCUGGACCCCCAGACCCUCCGCUCCUCGGUGCUCACCUUCACCCCGAGGCCCCGGGACCAUGGCACCAGCCUCACCUGUCAGGUGAAACGGGAAGGGUCCCGGUGGAGCACACAGAGAACCAUCCAGCUCAAUGUCUCCUAUGCCCCAGAGAACCUCACCAUAGGUGUCUCCUUCAGAAAUGACACAGCCUUUAAGAAUCUGCAAAACACAUCCCUUUCCAUCCUGGAGGGAGAAGCCCUGAGGCUGCGCUGUGAGGCUGACAGCAACCCCCCUGCCGAGCUGACCAUUCUGGUGCUGACUUCUCCCCUUAGAGUGAAAGCCCGCAGGAGGCAAGCAGCCGGGAGACCAAAGGUCAGGAAUGAUGAAGAGCCUGUCAUGGGCACAGUCACCCGGGGUUCCCAGGAAAAGCUAGGGCCAGACAGGCCUCCAGACCAAGCGCCCCCCGCCAAGGAUGCCCCUCCCUCUGGGGAGCAACAAGAGCUCUACUACGCCAACCUCAGCUUUUAUGAGAUGAAGACACGGGAGUCUCAGAACCUCGAGGCCACCGGCAGCCCUGAGUACUCAGAGAUCAAGCGUGCAGGCAAAUGAGGACUCGCUCAGAGCAGUUUAAUUGACUUUUCAGGAGCAACCAUGGAAAGCAGAAGAAAGCAGAUACGAUCUUUAAAUGUCACUUUAUAAUUUAUACUCAGCAGAGAGAAUUCAAAAAUGAGGAAGUAAUACAGAUGUUUUGGAACAAAUAAAUGGGGAAAUUAUUGCCUGAAGAAUAAAAAUACAGAUUUAAAUUCCUGACAGUAGUAAUGGCUAAACCCAAAGUACCUGUGGUGGGGUAAAUGGAUUUUACAUUUCCUAAUAUGUACAUACUAGAGGCCCAUUGCAUGAAGUGAUUGAUGCAAUAGGCCUCCCUUCCCCUGGCUUCUGG